AUGUCGGCCCCCAUUUCCAGUCCGGAAUCCAACAAGAACGAAGCAGGCCAUUUGCCUGACGCGGCCAGCCUCCCAGACAAGGAGCGAGGAGGCGACGAUACUGAGGGGACUGCUGACCAGGACCUGGAGUACGCGACACCCCUCCGCUUGAUCAUUGGCAUGUGCACCUUGAGUCUCAGUACUCUAAUCGCAGCUUUGGACCUGGGUAUCGUUGCCACCGCUAUCGCGAAGAUCACCAGCGAUUUCCAUGCACUCGACGGGCCUACAACUUCCGAACUCUCCGAGCCUCCAGCAGUAUUCCUUGACCCCGUGAUCCGCGUUAGUAAUCCCGGGGCACGUGGCAAGAAGCAAACAACUGUGCGGAGAAACACGGGGCAAAAUGUGCGAUUCCCGACUCCGAAAGUAUCCUUGCCCAUAUCUAGACAAUGGCCGAGGAGGUGCCGGGAGAAUUGGCUGCGGAGCAAAGCUCAGGUUCAAGCAGAUACAGCAACUAUGUUCGGUCACCGUUGCCCACGCGUGUCAGCAGCGCAUUGUGACCCAUUUCGACCAUGCUCACUGUGCGUGAGAGCCAAGGUUGAUUGCAGACCAGUUCCUGCUGGCCAGACGCGGAAGGAUAGCUUUCGAAAUUCCAAACGUAUCCUGAGGAACCGCCAACAGCAGUCAAAUUCCUCAGUAGCUGAUACUGCCAACGAGUUGCAAGAUAUCGAUUGCCUCGGCAAUCACAGCCCAGCUGCAGGAGAAGGUCGCAACAUCGCCCACGGAUGCACAGACGUGCAUAGUUCGCGGCCAUCCAUCGACUGUGACGAAUCAGAGUCUGCUAUUGGAAUUGCUCAAAAACUUUUUGAGCUUGGCCGCCAGCAUAUUGAUGAACAAGCCACUUCUGCCAUCCCAGGUUACCGGGCCAGCACUGGUGCUGUCGGUGGGCGCACGGCAACAGUCGGCCAACGCCUUCCAAUAUCUUCGAUACUUGCCGCGCAGUUGCCUCCAGUCGAGCUUGUGUAUGUUUUACUAGAAGAUUACUUUGACGCAAUACAUUGGUUCUCCCUCGCAGUCUAUGAACCGAAAUUCCGCAAGAGGCUUCAAUCCAUUGCAGAUGGCUUUGCGUAUCCCUCUGAGAAACCGUUUCUCUUACUGCUGGCCGUCAUGCUAGGGAUGGGUGCGUGGUAUCGAUCACAGCGGAGUACCACUGGCCCGGCUGCCGACGAUAUCGACUGGCGGACAUGGAGUGCGGACUUGUUGAAACUCGUGGAAUCAAACGUGGUGGAGUUGAUGGACCAACCUUCAGUCACAGCAGCCCAGACCUGCAUUCUCUUAGGGUCACAUCAUGUCUAUCAUGGUCGUCCCAAUUUCUCCUUUUCUUUAUUGGGUGCGACCAUCAAGAUAUCCCAAGCUUCGGGAUUACAUCGAGAACCGGCUCGGGGGAACUUCGAGGAUAUUGAGGAGAGGAAGCGAGUCUGGUGGACGAUCUACACAUGGGACCGGUUCGCCUCAAUUACAUAUGGAAGGCCGUUAGGGAUUAACGACAAGGAUUGCAACCUCAACAUGCCGGCUGACGUAUUAGAAAACCCAUAUUUUAUUGCUCCGCGGUCUGAUCGGGGAUACACCGUCUGCUACUCCACGUACCAGAGGGAGUUGAACCGGCUCUAUCUGAUUACUUCGUCAGCCCUGGAGGCCAUCUUCGGCUCGCGCACGUCAGGAUCGUCUAAGGAGUUGGCCGGAGACGCAUAUCUUGCAAUGGUCAGGGACACCACUCAAAAACUCCAGAGGUGGCGAAGUCAGCUUCCGGACCAUUUAGUUUUGGAUCCGCAGCGAGACUUUGAACCUACCAGCAGCUUAGAUUUGAGAGCACAUGCCCUGCAGUCACUAUCAUUGGAUUUAACGUACAACAAUCUUCUUAUUGUGCUCCACCGACCUUUGCUCGCAAGACAGGUCGAUCAUAUAUCGACGAGUACGCAGUCGCCUGGGAGAAGCGAAGCCGAUUCUCCCAUCUGUCGUUCAACCGCUGCUUCAUCUGGUCCAACAAACAUACCUUUCGAAGCCGUACCUUCACGCACACCCAUUGCAAGUUCAGUCUACUGGUUGAAUGCUGCUCUGAGAACUUCGCAAGUGACAGAGUUGCCCGUGCUUGCUCAGCUUGCCACGGAUAGCCACCUUGUCGCGUUUCUUGCCAUUAACCUAUUCAAUGCGGCGAUUGUAUUGGCAGUUAUAGCUCUGUCAGAUCCUCUCUCGGAUACAGCACAGGCUGUGAAGCGUACAAUGACUCGCAUAUUGCGUUUGCAGGACGUACUUGGAAAGCGGUCUGCACUGUCGAAACAGAGCGUAACCGUCCUGAGAAAUGUUGUCACCCUCCUCCUCCGUCGCGAAACAGAUGCGAUACUUGGCCCAAUCACUGGGACUGACCAACACAUGAGUCACCAAGCCCUGGCGGGUACUCCGCUCUUGUCGGUGGAAGACACCCUCCGACUGCCGCUUGAUGCGAUGUUGGAUGUAUCUGAUCCCCUGGCAGGACGGCAAGCAUGGCCAGACCUCGACCGGGCUCAUCGUCUCAACGACAGCUUAACAUCGGUACAGUAUGCCUUGCGCCCGGGCGACGACCGCUCUUUUAAUUUGCAUGCCGGUGGAGACGGCUAUCGGCCUCGUGAGGUACUUCAAGAAAGCAUGAGGCCCGACGAUGUAUGGCAGCUGUCAGCGGAGCACGACUCUAAUCACCCGGAUGUUCCUCCAGUGGCGAUAGAAAAUAACUAUGACGGAAAUGGCGAGCGUGGACUAUACUGGCUAUGGGACUUGGCGUGGAAUGGAGUGGAUAUGUAA